GAGAGGUAUAGUUUGUUUUUCGACUUAGUACGUUUCAGACAGUCGCGUGUAUCACAUGAGGAAGACAGUGAGCUUCGCAGCAAUACGCAAAACUUGUGUCUCCUCACCGUAAUCUGUGCUGUUAUUUGUGUUUUGUUCAGCAGACGAAAUCCCAUCCGCAGAGUGUGCAAAUACUCGAUCGGAGAGUCUUUUGCCAAUCAAAAAUCCACCGGGCGCUGAUUGAUAAUAGUCAAAGAGAAAAAGACUUGCGAAAAGUGAGUUUCAAGGAUAAUUUCGACGAGGGAAGUUUCGUCUCGAUUUGAGAGUCUUUUGCCUUAAGAAAAUUCACUGGGCAAAGAUUGAUCACAGCCAGCAGCCAAAAGGACUUUCAAAAACGGCGGUUAGGAACAACUUUACCGUGGCGCUCCAUUCAACAGAGGCCCUGAUGGCGGGCUUUCUCAAGUCGAGCGACUUGGGGCCGCAUCCACACAGCUACGGCGCCCCUCAUGCGCACCACGGCCAUCCCCAUGGAGCUCUGCCACCGGGAAUGCCCAUGGCGAGCCUGGCACCGUUCGGAAUACCACAUGGACUGGAGGUCGGCUUCCCCCAAGGUAUGUGGGGCGUGAAUCCGCGAAAGCAGCGAAGGGAGAGAACCACCUUCACGAGAACGCAGCUCGAUGUCCUGGAGACUUUGUUCGGGAAGACCCGCUAUCCGGAUAUUUUCAUGCGGGAAGAAGUGGCGCUUAAGAUUAAUUUACCAGAAUCGAGAGUUCAGGUGUGGUUUAAAAAUCGACGGGCAAAGUGUCGCCAGCAGUUGCAGCAUCAGCAGUCGACAACAAACCUCAACAAUAGUUCAAAAUCAUCAAAUAGUUCAAGCAACUCGUCCAAUGCGACGAGACACAACAGCAACAGCUCCAAUCCGGCCACCUCGUCGAGUGGUACAUCGAAUAGCAGCAAGACAACCUCAUCGACAGCUAAGACAUCAUCGAUUAGCAAUCAUAAGCACACACAGCAGUCCCAAGCGCAGCACGCAACGAAUGCCGGCAGUUUGGGUAGCGUGGCUGGCCACAAUUCGUCUCCGAUCUUGCCAAUAACGCCCUCCACCUCCGUCAGCCCGCCGAUUAAUGUGAUCUGCAAGAAGGAGGUGCCCUCCUUCCACUCCUCGUCGGCCUCCCUGGGCGCUGGCGGAGACAGCCUCAAGGCCGGCGCCGCGGGAUACGAUGUGCUGAAGGACAGCGAGAUGGGCCUGUCGGUGGCCCACCAUCCGAGCCCGUACGCUAACAUCAACGCUCGCCUUGGCCAAACUGGCGGCAACCUCACGCCGCACGGCUCUAGUUCGUCUGUCAUCACCACCCCAUCGCCGCCCAUCACCCCGCAGUCUGCCGCCCAUCAGCCGCCGCUGUCGUACGUGCCCCACCAGGACUACAACUUCUGGAACUACAAUCAGUACCCCAACAACUACAACACGCCCUCCUACUACACGCAGAUGGACUACUUCAACAACCAAAGCCAGGCCAACUACAACAUGGGCCACAGUGGCUAUGCGGCGUCCAACUUCGGACUGUCAUCGGGCUCCGGCCUGGGCGGGCCAAUGGGUGCGCAGACCUUCUCACCCAACGGCCUGGACUACAUGAGUCCGCAGGACAAGUACGUGAACAUGGUGUAGGAUCAGGCCAACCACGAGGUGGAGGAAGACGACGACGAUGCCACCGAGUGCGAUUUCACAUCAACCGACUUCACGUCGGCGGCAUCGCCGACGUCCCUGUUCAAGAUCAAGCCACCUCUUCACCACCACAAGUCGCUGUUCAAGAGGCCAUCGCUGAACUUAUCCCGCGCCGGGCAAGAGUACGAUGACAGUUAGUAGAGUGUUUGGCAGCAAUAUCAACAAUUGGGACAGUGAUUGUUGCUGAUUGUCGUGAAGAUGCGCCCCUAUACAAAUCAAUGGUAUUUGACGAUGAAAUAUCUGAAGAAGUGACGAAGGAAUGAGAUUAUCUCCACACACACAUUUUGCAAUGAUUAAGUUUACCAACAACUUCCAAUCAAGCGGAAGAGGACUUGUUAGUUGAUUUUUUUUCCGUGACGAGUGUAUAUCGAGACAAGUGAAACAUAUUGUGUAAUGUAUCGAAGAUGAUAUUCUUGACAAAAAAAGGAAGAGUAGCAAAAAAGGACAUCUAUCUAAAUUUACGAUAUAAAUAUAGGAAUACAGCCACUAGAAUAUGUAAGUAAAUAAUGGCAAUUCGUCAGAGAUAUUGUUUCUAUUAAAAUUAUGUGAGAGAAAUGCCAGAGACGGAAAAACUAUGCAAAACUAUAUAUAUUAAAGAAAAAGCAGAAAAGGUAAAAAAAAAGGAUUAAAAGUUGUACAAAAUAUUAUAUAAGUGUAAAAAAUCUAUUCUUAAGCCAACCAUUUAGGAUAUUUCUGUCUUACAUUACAAGAGAAACAACUGCUGAUAAAACAAGUAUAUCAAUUUGUCAUAUCAGAAAAUUAAAAACGAUGGGAGAUAAUUUAAAGAGGAAGGAGAACCCUAUAUGUGUGAAGAGAAGCAAAGAUAAUUGCAUUGCGUAUUUAGAUAUCAUUCUUCUAGACUUUUUUCGUGCAAUUCACUCUGCAAAACAUUGAAUUUACACUCUGGGUGUAAUUUAUUAAAAUAAAAUAAAUCCAUUUUUAAAGGCGAGGGCGAAUCUCUUAAGCCCACCCCAAAAAUUAAUCACAAUUGAUAAUGAAAAAAAAUUUAUAUUUGCGCCAUAAUAUAAAAUGAUUUAAUUAAUUUUCCAGACACUGUCAAAGAGAAUAAUUUGCAAAUUAUACUCAACAUAUGAAAAAAAAAGUGUGAAAACAACGCAGAAAAUUCUUCUGUAAUAUUUAAUUUGCAGUAAUUAAAUAUGAUAUUAAACAAAAUACAUGAAUGCAACACUGAUAGUGUGUACAUAUAAUUAAAUUGCAAAUAAAUCUCUGAGAAAAUUAAAUGUGAA